AUGGCAACUGAGUAUCGUGAGGCGCCGCGGAGCUCCAUCACGCUUCCCCCGCCGGGGACGAAGUUCCGCGCAAGCGUGGUUGAGAGUGUCAUUGAGGAGGUGUGCCGCUCGCUCGUGGGAGAGCGGCCCUACGUGUACGACGAGGUACAGACGUUAAUCAAGGAAAUCUGUAGCGAAAUACAGCAGCGUGUCGUGCGACUUGGGUAUGAGCGGUACAAGUUUGUGACGCACGUCACCAUUACAGAGGCCGCGCAUCAAGGGAUGAGAAUUGCCUCGCGAGGGCUGUGGGAUCCCGCAACGGACGGCUACGCAGCCUACACGCACUCAACGGAGUCCAUGCACGUCAACGUCGUUUUGUACGCGCUUUAUUGGGAAUGA